AUGAGUAAAAGACUUUUCAGAUUAGAUGCUGGUUUCCAGCAAUAUGAUUGGGGUAAGGUGGGUUCCAGUUCUGCCGUGGCUCAAUUUGCUUCGCACUCCGACCCAAGUAUCAUUAUCGAGGAAUCCAAACCCUACGCCGAACUAUGGAUGGGAACCCAUCACAAGGUGCCAUCUUUGAACCACGACUCGAAGAGAAGCUUGCGCGAUAUUAUCGCAGACGAGCCCGCUGAAAUGCUCGGUGCGGAGAACGUCCAGAAGUUUGGCUCAACUCAAGAGCUCCCCUUCCUUUUCAAGGUUCUUUCUAUUGAAAAGGUUCUAUCUAUUCAGGCACACCCUGACAAGGCUCUGGCAAAAGAGCUACACUUGAAUGACCCUAAGAAUUACCCCGAUGACAAUCAUAAGCCAGAGAUGGCAAUCGCAGUCACAGAUUUCGAGGGCUUCUGUGGCUUCAAGCCAUUGGCUGAGAUAGCAGAUGAACUUAAAAGAAUCCCAGAGCUCAGAAAUGUUGUCGGCGAAGACGUCAGCGAAAAGUUCAUUAAAAACUUCAAGGAAUCUCCUCAAGAAGGCUCACCGGAGGAUGUCGAAAAUAAGGCACUUCUUCAAAGCGUGUUCAACAAGGUCAUGACCGCCAGCGAAGAGACCAUCACCACGAAUGCCAGAGCUUUGAUACAAAGAGCGCAAAACUCUCCAGCCGACUUUAACAAGAUGGAUCUACCCGACCUCCUUAUUAGACUCAACGAGCAAUUUCCAGAUGAUGUGGGGCUAUUUUGCGGUGGACUACUCUUGAAUCAUUGCCGUUUGAAUGCUGGUGAAGCCAUCUUUUUGAGAGCCAAGGAUCCCCAUGCAUACAUCAGCGGUGACAUUAUUGAAUGCAUGGCGGCCUCUGACAAUGUCGUCAGAGCGGGAUUUACUCCAAAAUUCAAAGACGUUUCCAACCUUGUCGACAUGCUCACUUAUGCCUACGAUUCUGUUGAAGAUCAGAAGAUGAAAUUAGAAGGGUUUCCAAGAUCUUCGGGAGAUGGAAAGACAAUCCUGUACAAUCCUCCAAUUGAAGAGUUUGCCGUGUUGGAAACCACUUUCGAAAAUGGACCUGGUGCAAGAAAGUUCGAAGGGCUCAAUGGUCCUAGUAUUGUUAUCACUACAAAAGGUACAGGUCAUAUUCAACAUGGAGACGUGAAGCUCGCGGCUGAACCAGGAUAUGUCUUCUUCAUUGCCCCUCACACAGAGGUGGAGUUUGUUGCGUCAGACAAUAAGUUCACCACUUACAGAGCUUUUGUGGAACCAAACUAG